GAUUCUUUUUGUAGAUGGCGAGUUGUCUAUGUGUGAAAUAGUUUGUGGUGAACGACGAUGCGCGUUGAAAUCUGUAACACUCUGUGUUGAUAGUGAUGUGGAACUUUGCGAUACUGGAAAUAUGACGAGAAUAAAUCCAUUUGCUAAAAUUUCUUUUUUAGUACUUGCAAUAAUACUUGUUGCAAUACCAGAAUGCUCGUCCAUACUAUCAGAUAAGAGAUUAUGUUAUGACCCAAAGUGUUCAGAACCUGUAUCAUUCGCCAGGACUACGUUGAAGUAUAUAGCUGGAGAAAGGGGCAUGGUCUCCGUGCCAAUGAGUGAAAUUGUAACUGUUUACAGCAAAGGUGCCGGCAGAAGACCAGAUUUGUGGGGUGUAGAGUUCGAUGGUAACCGUGGAUACAUACCAAAAAAUUUUUUAAAGGAAUUUAAAGUUUUAAAGAAAAACUUGACUUACGAAGUACCUACUGAAGUUGUAAAUAAUAUUAAUAAUAACAACAAUGAUAAAAAUAAUAACAUUGAUAAUAUUAAUAAUGAUAUCAGUAAUGUAAAAAAUAUUCCAUUAAAAAAUAAUGAAAAUAAACCUGACUCUAUUCCGAUAUAUAGUAGUCUUUCCAAUAAUAAUAAUAAUAAUAAUAAUAAUAAUAAUAAUAAUAAUAAUAUCGAUGCAUCUAUUCCAACUACCAAUGAAGAAAAUACGAAGCAAUCCAUGCAUGAAACAGAAAGUAUAUCUCCAUCGUAUAACGUAAUAGAUGGUACUACAAUUUUUGUAAAUAGGGAAGAAUCAUCUGUGCAACCGAGUUAUACUUCCGUUAUAGAAACUGCGUCUUUGUCAAAUAAUAAAGAAACGGAAGAUGAUAUUAAUAACGGCAUAAAGCCAACUGCUACGCAAAUUGAAUUAGAUGUACCAAUUAAGUUGCAACAAGAAACUGACUUUAAAGGAGAAGAAUUAAAGUUUGUUACUUAUAACGACACUUCCAGUAUACAUAUUAAAACAAACGAAUCUGCAGUCGAAUUGCAAUUAAAUGAAAAUAAUAAUGUAGAUUCCUUGACUGUUGAAUCGAUAGAAGAAAAGAAAAGGGAUAAUAUGGAUGGUAUUACUUUCAAUGUGGAAGAUAAGUGGGAAAAAGAUAAUGUAGACUUUUCUCAGUUUGAAUUGGAACAUAAGGUGGAGAAAAGUAACGUGAAUUCUUUAAAUGUCGAAUUAGGAGAUAAUGUGAGGGAAGAUGAUGCGGUAUUUUCUAUUAUUAAAUUAGAAGAAAAUAAAAAGGAAAAGGACAGUUUAGAAUCCUUGACUUCUGAAUUGGAAUAUAAAGAUGAUAAGGAUAAUGUGAUUGUUGAUUUAGACCAUAAGGAGGAAAUAAAAGUUGAAAAUAUAAACGAUCCAGACGAUAUCUUUAUCCAGUCUGAGUCACAAAAACAAAUUGAAGUAGAAAAUAAAACGGAGGUUAUACAUAACGUAGACACUCCAAACGUGGACCAAUCAAAUGAUCUUGCAUCGGCAACAAAUAAUUCUCUUGAUUCUGAAAUUGUCCUUAAUACCGAAGAAAAGGUACAGCAGAUUGUAAAUAAAGUCAAUACACCUGAGAUAGAUCUAGAAAAAAAUGUUUUCGAUAAUAAUCCAUUUCAAAAAGAUAGAAUAUGCGAUGCUAAUACGAAUGUUACAAUAGAAAAGGAAGGGGAUACUAAGUUGGAAGAAAAUAAUCAAAUGGAAGCGCAAGACAGUCAAAAGAAUAUUGUAAAUAGUGAUGUAAAUAAUGACAAUGUUGAAAAAGAUAUCUUUAGUUCUGUUGAUGUUCCUAUAGAAUCAAAUACAGUAUUUAAAGAUAUUAAUGAACAAUUGCAUAGCGAAGAAAGCAAAGAAUCACAAUCUAGUCAAAACGAUGCAAAAGAUAUUAUCACGGAACAGAUCUUCCAUGAAUUUCGUAACAAUCGAAAUUUGUUAUACGUGGAAGAAAACGUGAUACCUGAUAAAGUGGAGUUGCAAAGGGAAGAUGGACAAAAAAAUAUAGGUGAUUCUGUAACUGAAACCUUACCUAAAUAUGAAGAUAUCAUAAGUAUCGAGGAUAAGGUUUACCCUGAAGCAGAAAAUAAAGAUAGAAUAGAAGAUGAAGUUCAUUAUAAUGAAAAUACGGAGGGUCUCACAAAUGUCGAAGAAGUAACGUUACUUUCUACAAUACAAAAUAUGCAAUUUUCCGAUGUUUGUACAACGGAUAACGAAUGCAUAAAUGAGGGUGAUAUAAAUUACGGCUUUAUAUCGCAAGAUAAAGAGUCUGUUCCUGAAGGCAGUAUUAUGAGAAUGAUAAAAGUAGAGCAUACAUAUUGGAUAAUGCUGUUUUAUUUAAGCAUAACUUCUAUUACUACGCUUAUGUUUACUUUAGGAUAUUAUUAUAUUGAGAAUAUGAGGAGAGAUGGUCAUUUGAUAGCAAAAAUAAAUAAAUUAGAAAAGGAAUUAUUUCUUUCUACAAAGGAAAGCUUGAUGUUGGAUGAAAAUUUGAAAUCAACUAAAAAUGAGUUAAACUCUAUGCAAGAUGAAUCAUUUGGAUCUAACGAGAUGGUAUUGUCUUUGAAAGCCGAACUAGAAGCUUCACAGAACGCAAAUGUUGAGUUGGAAGAUCAGGUUGCUAUGUUAGAAAAAGAUUUAGAAAAUGUAACAGAAGCAGGAUUAGAAUUGGAACGCAUGUUAAGAGAAGUUCUUUCGUCCAACAAUGAAGUUAAUCCGUUAACUCAAUCGGUAGAGGAUUUACAAGCUCGCUUAAAUGUUCAACAAAGCGCUAAUGAAUCUUUGACUAAUGCUCUCAACAUCAAAACUCAAGAGAAUGAAACUUUGUUGGCAGAGCUUAAUGCUAUGAAAAAAAAAUACGGGGAAUUGGAUACUGAGCUUAUACGUAUAACAGAAGAAUUUCGAAUCGAACUAAAUAAAAGAAGUAAAAUUCAAGAAAAUUUAAAUGAAAUAAUUCAACAAUUAGAAGUACAAGUUACGCAACUAUCUAUGGACAAAGCAAAUUUAUACAAAGAAUUAAAAAUUAAAGAAGCAGAAGUCAAAGAUCUCGUAGAAGUUAUUAACCAAGUAAAUUCGAAUAAUUUAGAUAUUGAAAAACUUUACGAAGUAUCUCAUGUUAAAGCAGAAGCGUCGCAACUUGUUGAGGAAAGAGAUGAAUUAAAGAUACGUUUAAGUGAAGUCGAAGGAGCACACAGUUUGUUAGAAGAGCACAUGAAGCUUGUUAAAGAAGAAGUGUCCUCGUUGAGUGAACAGUGUAAAGUGGCUGAAAAAGAGAAGCGAGAUGCAGAAACACGAUUGGAAGUUAUAUCAAACUUUUUCAAGGAGAAAGAAGCUCAACGACAAAAGGAAGAAGCGUUAUGGUUACAAAAACAAGGUGAAGUUAUGUCUACCGUAGAAAGAAUACAUACAAUGCAAAAUGAAAUCCAAGGAUAUAAACAACAAAUAGAAAUGUUGAAGCGUGAAAUAGUGGAUCAAGAAAGGGAAUAUAAGAGUCAGAUCUCUACUCUUGAAACGAAGGCACACGAACAAUGGGUCAUGGCACGACAAAAUGAACGUCGUUUAGAAGAAUCAAAGGCAGAAGCAGGACAAUUACGUAAUCGUCUUACACUAAUAGAAAAAAAUAUAAAUGAUGCCGAUGCCGAUACAAAAUUACAUCGCUUGGAGGCAAAUGGAGAGACUACAACGUCGCCUCCAUUAUUCAUAGGCGCAGAUUCAUCAAGUUCUCCUAUAAUGUUUACUGGUUCUUCAGGUGUUCCACCCCCACCACCACCGUCAUUCAUACAUCCUUCGCUUUUCCCUACAUAUCUACCACCACCUUUGCCUUCCGCUUCAGGAUUACCACCUUAUGACGUUGGACAACGACCGCCACCUUUGGGUGGUCGAUUAUCUUCUCCACCUCCCUUACUAUUACAUCCUCAUCCAUCUGGCAGGUACGACAAUGCAGAUUCGCCACCACCUUUGAUAUCCCCACCUUUAUUACUCCCUUUCAAUCAUAGAUCACAUCCGCCUCCCUUUGCUAGCGAUCAUAUUCAUCCUCCUCCACCACCUCCUCCACCUGGUUCGAUAUUGCUACCACCCCUUGGAACGUCGCAUUCAUGGGGGGAAGAAACACUGCAGGCACCACGCAAUUCUGGUUUUCACCCACAUCAGCGAGAACAACGAGCUCGCAACCAUAAAGGUUCCUUGCAUUCGUCUGGGGAGUCAUUGGAUAAGUCACAUCAUAGCGGAAAAGUAUAACUUUUGUAUUUUAGUCUUUAAACAAUCUUAUACAAAGGCCAAAUCUAUUACUAUUUUAUAUAGUAACAGAUUCAUCGUAUAACAAUUUUCAAUAAAUAUUUCAUAGGGAGAGCAUAGUAUAUAAUAUAUACUAUGAAUCUUUCUUGAGCAUUUAAAUUGAAAUCAAGAGAUAGAGAGAGGGGGAGAGGGAGGAACACAAAUAAACCAAUAAAAACAUUGCAUUUUCCAUUUGAACAUAUUUUGUAAAUGCUGUUUAUUAUCCGAUAAAUCCAUAAAUAUUAUACUAUUAUACUUAUGUGAAAUUACUCUGAGAAUUUUUUACAGCAUUGCUACAAUUAUGCUAAUGUUGACAACAAUCAUAUAUUAUUAAAAAUAAAAAAGGGAAUAUUAAAAGAAAUUGCUGUACAAUUGAAGUGAAACAUUCUUUGAAAAAUCUAACUAUUUAAAAAAUCAUUCUGUAAAAGGUACACUUACUUUCUAUUUCAAAGUAUGAAAUAAAUUCAAACGACGUUGUAAUAUUGAGUAUUGCAAUCAACAUAAAUAAAAAUGCAGUUGUUAUGAUUUUAAUAAAUUAAAAAUAAAUUGCAAUUUAUUUUAAAACAUUUA